AGCUUCCCCACUCGGUAAUUCCGGACUCACAGCACCAGCGACUCCGAAAUUCCAAAACCCCAAACCCUUUUCCGGUUGGCGGCAAUGGCGGCGCCGGCGGCAGAUGACCCUCUGGCCUCCCCGGGAUACGCCCUCCGCGCGACGCUCACGGGCCACACCCGCGCCGUCUCCGCCGUGAAGUUCUCCCCGGAUGGCCGGCUCCUCGCCUCCGCCUCCGCCGACAAGCUCCUCCGCGUCUGGUCCUCCUCGGACCUCUCCCUCGUCGCCGAGCUCGUCGGCCACGAGGAGGGCGUGUCCGAUCUCUCCUUCUCCCCCGACGGACGCCUCCUCGCAUCCGCCUCCGACGACCGCACCGUCCGCAUCUGGGACCUCGGCUCCGGCGGCGGCGCCCGCCUCGUGAAGACGCUAACCGGCCACACCAACUACGCGUUCUGCGUCUCUUUCAGCCCCCAUGGCAACGUCCUCGCCUCGGGGUCCUUCGACGAGACGGUGCGCGUGUGGGAGGUCAGGUCGGGACGGAGCCUUCGCGUGCUGCCGGCCCACUCCGAGCCCGUCACCGCCGUCGAUUUUGACCGCGACGGGGCCAUGAUCGUGUCAGGGAGCUAUGACGGGCUCUGCCGCAUCUGGGACGCAGCCACCGGACACUGCGUCAAAACCCUCAUUGACGACGAGAGCCCCCCAGUGUCCUUCUCCAAGUUUUCGCCCAACGGCAAGUUCGUGCUUGCCUCCACACUUGAUAGCACCCUGAGGCUCUGGAAUUUCUCAGCUGGGAAGUUUCUAAAGACGUAUUCUGGCCAUGUGAACACAAAAUACUGCAUUCCAGCAGCAUUUUCUAUCACCAAUGGCAAGUACAUUGUCAGUGGUUCUGAAGACAACUGUGUCUACAUGUGGGAUCUUCAGUCAAGAAAGAUUGUGCAGAAACUGGAAGGACACACUGACACAGUCAUUGCUGUGUCAUGCCACCCUACCGAAAACAUGAUUGCGUCAGGAGCGCUUGACAGCGACAAGACGGUGAAAGUUUGGGUUCAAAAGGACGAAGAGAAACAAGGUUCCUGAGCAAGCUUAUUGUCUUGGUUCUUAUAUAACCUUUCUGAUGAUGGUAGCCAGGUAAGCCAGUUAGCUUCACGAGUAAUUAUAGAUUGCUGUGGUGGUGAAUGGAAUACUCCUAGGCUGUGUAAUUUUGUGUUGUGUGGCCUGCUUCACUGCUAAGCGAUCUGUGAAGUAAUCUUAACUGUUUUGGAGAGCUGUUCGUGGGAUGGUUGUAUGAAAGGGUGGCACAGAAACAAUGAUUAAACUUCAUUUGAUGCCUUUAUAAGUUAGCUAUCUUUGGAUGUCAA